UGAUCACGUACUUCCUGCUCCAGAAGAAAUCUACGUGUAUAGUCCAUUAGGAACUGCUUACAAAAUAGAGGGCUGUACGGAUGGUUACGGCAAAAACUCAAGCAUAGUAACCAUGUAUGUGAAAUGCUUUCAAAGCAUGAUUUAUGAUCUGGAAUACAAUGAUGGGUACGUCUAUAUUGAGUAUUCCCUGGGGAAUAAAACAGGCCGGAUUUACUUCUGGAAUCGUUAUUAUUUUGUUAAUGGGAGUAUUGACACUUUACUGUUGCUACAGAGUCGUGAAAUCAAGGGCAAUGAUACCUUUAACGGAUACCUCAACUUGGGAAUUCCCAGAUGUUUGCAAGUAUUACUUUGGAUCGUUUGGUCAAUGGUCUAGCCUUUUGUUUUCGUUGGUAUCCCUUAUUGGAGCCAUGGUGGUUUACUGGGUCCUCAUGUCCAAUUUCCUUUACAACACGGGGAUAUUUAUUUAUAAUUAUGCUCAUGAUAUUAAUGUAACGGAUAUUGUUCCUGGUACAAAUGGGAGCACUAAAGUAAUCUGCCCAGGUGAUGCGGGCAAGGAAGUGCCAGGAAACAGAACCUGGACGUUUGCUUCUACCGGUGAUUCAGGAUUUGAGGAAUUUGAACAGCUGUGGAGCAAAUCGAAAACGGUCCCUCUUUACUUGGGCAUCCUUGUUCUGCUAUUGAAUUUCAAGUCUCCCUCUUUCUUUGCCAAAUUCAAUGUCUUAGGUACCGUUUCAGUCAUCUACCUAGUUAUCCUCGUUACUGUGAAAGCUGCUCUCUUGGGAUUCCAUUUAGAAUUUGACUGGUUUAAAUCAACCACAUAUUUUGUACCAGAGUUCAGGACUCUGUUUCCUCAGCUUACAGGGGUGCUGACUCUGGCCUUCUUUAUUCAUAAUUGUGUAAUUACACUGCUUAAGAACAACAAGAACCAGGAAAGCAAUGUCAGAGAUCUUUCCAUUGCCUAUUUUCUGGUGGGUUUAACUUAUCUCUAUGUUGGGAUAUUAAUCUUUGCUGCUUUUCCAUCUCCACCAUUGUCCAAAGAAUGCAUAGAACAGAAUUUUUUAGACAACUUCCCCAGUAAUGACAUCAUGUCAUUUCUGGCAAGAAUAUUCCUGCUGUUCCAGAUGGUGACUGUGUAUCCACUGCUUGCAUACUUGGCACGAGUUCAGCUAUUUGGACACCUCUUUGGAAAUGUUUACCCGAGUUUCCUACACGUGCUGGUUUUGAAUAUAGCCAUGGUAGGAGUUGGAGUUGCGAUGGCUAUGCUUUACCCAAACAUAGGAGGAAUCAUAAGGUAUUCUGGAGCAGCUUGCGGCCUGGCCUUUGUAUUUGUGUAUCCUCCACUCAUCUACAUGAUCUCUUUGCACCGGGAAAAUCGGCUGACGUGGUUGGCUAUAGUUAUCCAUAGUACGAUAAUCCUUCUGGGAGUGGCUAACUUAAUUGCACAGUUCCUAAUGUGAACAUAAAUCUUAAGGUCAGUUUCUUUUUCAAGAGAAGAUUCAAUAGGUUACCUUGAGCAACAGCAUUGUAAAAGCUGUGGACUGCCUAUCUCUGGGGGCUGAAUCCUUUCAAAGAAAAGCUGUACUUUAAAACGAAACGUCUCUUCAAUAAAUGGAUGGUAUACAUUGGAACACAUGGUACAGCGUGGCAAACUGAACAGCCCCGGUGAAUUUCUGAUGAAACAUCAAGUAGAAGUGCAAUUGGGAGUAAUUAAGCUUAAGUUCUUAUUUUUUUUUCAAAGGGAAAAAGGCACAUGAUAAACUUUAUAUAUAGAAACGGUUGGUUGACUUUUCUUGCAGCAUAAUAGAAUUAAGGGACUCGUGCUGAUCUUAAAAAUUCUACACCGUAUUUCACACAGUGGUGACAUCAGUAUUAUAUGUCGAAACAAGUGGUUUGAAAUCCUUUGCAAGUGAAAUGUAGCACAGAUCAAAUCAAAGAACAUAACUUUUUUAAAAGCUGUAACGGUUGCCUUUUAGAAAAUGUAAUGUACAUGGUUCUUGAAAAUGUACUGUUGCUGUACUAUACCUGGAUAUGCAUAAGAAUUCUUUUUUUGUUGUUGUUGUUUCGAGGCAAGUAGAAAUAUGUUUUACCUUUCCAACGUGGAAGGGGUUACUUGUAAUACUUUCUAGUGUUUACGAUUACAGUGGUACCUCGGUUUAUGAACACAAUUGGUUCCGGAAGUCUGUUCAUAAACUGAAGCGUUCAUAAACUGAAGCGAACUUUCCCAUUGAAAGUAAUGGAAAGUGGAUUAAUCCGUUCCAGACGGGUCCGCGAAGUACUUAAACUGAAGCGUUCAUAAACUGAAACAUGGGUGUAAUUGGUUCCGGAAGUCUGUUCAUAAACUGAAGCGUUCAUAAACUGAAGCGAACUUUCCCAUUGAAAGUAAUGGAAAAUGAAUUAAUCCGUUCCAGAUGGGUCCGCGGCGUUCAUAAACCGAAAAUUCAUAAACCGAGGUGUUCAUAAACCGAGGUUCCACUGUAGUACUUGAAGGCUGUUUUUAGGAAAGUUGACCUUUUUGAGCCAAAAUCUGAGAGUGGGUUGUAAGAUCGGCAUGCAUGCAUGCACAAAGAUUGGUCACAAUGUUCUUCAUACAUUUGCAGCCACAAUUCAGAGUACUGGUUUGACUUUUUUAAAAACCUGUGCAAUCCUAUAGUUACCAUACACUGAAUCAAGAGACCUGCUGGCAGAAUGGCCACUGCACCCCCAGUUUGCUCAGCCCGGCAGGGAAGGGAGUAAAUACAGAAGAAGAAUCUAUAUGAAAACAAUGGAAAGUGGCGUACACAGCUGUACCAAUCCCAGAAGCCUAACUGCAGCCUGUAUCACCACUUGCAUGCUACCUAUACUCAGAGGCUGCCAAAGAAACUGCAGUGAUCAGGGUGGAUCCUAUCAGCCUGCCUCCCUGCAUCACAGCACUCAACACCAAAAGGCACCUACUCCAGAACCCUAGUGACCCAUUGCCUAAGGCAGGGGCAGUUAACCUGGUCCCUACUGCCCACUAGUGGGCGUUUCAGGAUUCCAGGUGGGCGGUAGGGGGUUCUACGCCACAUGUUAGUGCAGCACUGGUGGGCGGUAAGGAAUUUUUACCAUCAAGAAAGAUGCAUUAGUGGGUGGUAGGUAUAAAAAGGUUGACUACCCCUGCCCACCUAGCAGUUCGAAAGCACAUCAAAGUGCAAGUAGAUAAAUAGGUACCGCUCCGGCGGGAAGGUAAACGGCGUUUCCGUGCACUACUCUGGCUCGCCAGAAGCAGCUUUGUCAUGCUGGCCACAUGACCCGGAAGCUGUCUGCGGACAAACGCCGGUUCCCUUGGCCUAUAGAGCGAGAUGAGCGCCGCAACCCCAGAGUCAGACACGACUGGACCUCAUGUUCAGGGGCCCCUUUACCUUUACCUCUUUACCCCUGGCCUAUGGCAUGGGUUUGGGAAACAGGAGAUGGGGAGUUUGAGCCUCACCAGGAGCUGACAUUCCCCUGUUCACCUCUUGUACACCUGGUGGGAGGGAACCAAAGCAAAUGUCAGGGGCAAAAGAGAUGGAGACUAGCUAACUACUGCAUUGAAUAGUUAGGCUCCUUUUGCAGAGCUGUUGUGCAAGGAGCUGGGCACUCUGCUCACCCUUCUAAUAGCUGCUGACGGGAAGGGAGCCCCACACAGCUGCUGCACAGUCCAGCUACUGUACUGGAUUCCUCUGCCAAAGUGCCCCUAGAAGCUUACGUGCCUUGCCCUGCUGUCCAGGGCAGCAGAUGAUCACCCCAGGGAGCGCACAGAGAGAGGAGCAGGCUCCUAGGAGCCAGAGCGAAGAGGCACAAUUUUUGCACCUCCUGGACCUGCACCCUCAGCGGGGGCCAAUCUAACCAACCCCUAGGUAUGCCCCUGCUUGGGGACAACCCUAUUCUAGGAAGGGGAAGAAGGCCUAGCCUACUGUAUCUGAACCAAUCACCAAGAGUGUUGCAUGAGCCAAUAGCCUGCUCCCAGAUGGGCCAACCAACCUUUCUAGCCCACCCUCAGCAAGCCGUGUGACCAAUGCACUCCCAACACAUGAUGGUUGAAUAGGAAAGCCAUGCCAGGUAACACUUCCCAAAUUCUCCCUCUUCAUACAAAGUUUGGGUAUUUAAGAGUCUCUACCCCCAUAGCCCAUCAAGUUCCCUGCCUUCCCCCCAAGUCCUAGCCUGAGACCAGCUGAUGCCAGGCUGAAUUGCUUCCUAAACAGGGUCUCUUUCCCCCUCUUAUCUGUUUGAGGCUCUUCCAUAUUGACUAUUGAUAGAUGGUGAGAGGGGAGGGGCAGUUUUGCCUGGCAACCAAUUGGAAAGGACCUUGUACUUUUCUCUCUGUUCCUCUGCUGUGGGGCAGAAUGGCUGGCAGCCGACACACAACCUUCACUGCCAAGAAGAGAUGCUGAUGAAGGCCACUAGCGACAGAUAGCUUUAGGAAGAGAUACAAAUUAAUGGAGAGAGAGAGUGGCUCUUUGUCAUGAUGACUACAUGCAACUUUCAGGUUCAGCGGAAGUAUGCUUCCAAAUUAACUGCUGGAGGGUAGCAGCACGAGAGAACUGUUGUACUCAUGUUCUGCUCAUGGGGAUCCAAGAGACCCCUGAUGUGGCCACAUUGGGGAACAAAAUGCUGGUGAUCCUUUGGUUCUGAUCCAAAAGGACAGAAUUAUUUUAUGCUCUUAACCAGAGCAAGGUAUACUCAAAGCAACAAGAGUUGGCUGCAGUUAUACUUCAUAUCUAGAUUCCUCUUUCACAAAAUCUGUUCUUUAAAGGACUCUGCUGGCAGAGGCCUUAUUAGUUUCAAUAGACCACCAGUGUCACAUUUUCAGGGUCCACAUGCCUGUCUUCUAGAGUAAAUGUCAAUGUGAUUGUUUUUUUUCAUAAGAUCCGGACUUUUUAAAGUGUGCUUAUGUUGGACACUUGUUGUGACAUGAUAGCAUUGAUGCACAUCCUGGAAAGGUUCCAUGAUUUCCUGGAUCACGGAAUUCCCUAAAGUUGGGAAACGGCUUUUGUCACCACUCUAUUCUCUCUCUAUGCACUCUAUUUAAAUGUAAUAGAACUCACAUAUACGCAGGUGGAAACUAGGGACAGAAGGUGUCUGAACAAUUGCCAGGUGUUUUUUUUUGCUGGCACAAUUGUGCUGUGCUCAGGAGGCAGUUGCUGCAACCUGGGACCUGAUUUUCGUCUAGUCCUCAAGGAGGCCUUCAAUUGAAGCAGAAAGCAAAUUAGCCAGAUUAUUGCAUAGCCUUGUGUGCACUAAUCUAGGAUUCCUAGGCAGUGCCAGCAAAUGGGGACAAACUCCCUAGUGCAGGCAUCACCAAACUCAGCCCUCCAGCUGUUUUGGGACUACAAUUCCCAUAAUCCCUGACCGCUGGUCCUAUUAGCUAGGGGUGAUGGGAGUUGUAGUCCCAAAACAGUUGGGGGGCCGAUUUUGGGGGUGCCUGCCCUAGUGCCACUGACGUUUGGUUCCUUGGUCUGGCAUUUGUGUCUCUUCAAAGAAAUGACAUGAAACAAGAAUGUGAGAAACUGUAAAGAAACAGACAAUAAAAUAAACUGGUGCUAUUUUAAUGGUUUAAAAGUGUACUUUUAUCUUGCGUGCAGAAUACAGAAUACAGUUUUGAUUUUGUCAUGUAGAAUGGAAGAUGGAUCACUUGCACCCUGUUGUUACAUGUGCCUGCAAAAGAUAAGGUCAUGUGUACUUUGCCAUUGUUGGAACACAUUUUACGCAUGUCCAUUUUGAGAAGCUAAGCUACAAAAAUUAAUAAUGAGGUUCUGUCUCAGAACUGUACUGAAGUCUCAACACAGCUGGGACAAACCAUAAUUAAAGGUUAUCAAAUUUUGGAGGAUGCUCUUUCCAUUUAACUUAACGUCUGCUGAGUCAUUUUAGUGGGUGGGGGAAAUGUCCUCAAACUUUGCCCAUGCCUCUCACCCAAACUCUCAUAAUUGCCCUAUUAUAAUUCCCCGAAAGGGGCAUUUAUUGCAAGUAAUUAAACAGCAACCUCUAGGGUAUAGAUGCAAGCACUAAUUGAUGCUAUUCCAGCCGGUCCUUGUACUGCAGCUUCUUUGUGAUAGAGCAAAAUGCUUUGCAUCUUAAUUUGACUGGGAUAACCAGUUCCUCUUUGGGCCUAAGAAUAUGAUCUACUGCCUAUUUUGUUUAAGAGGUGCCAUCUGCCUAUAAAACCAUGUGUCUUUUGUGCCCUUUACUGAUUCUUUCAAUGACUGGUGUUUCCUCAAAAUUUGACUGACAAAUACAUGAACGUGGGAGAAGGCAAUCUACUGUAUAUUUUGGGAAGUUGUUCCCAAUGUCCUUGGUACUGGGACAUUCCCAGGGGAAUUGAAGGAGGCAGAGGUGCGCCUGCUCUUAAAGAAAACAUCAUUACAGUAGAUCCUUUAGAUCUAUCCAAUCACCGCCUGGUUUCAAAUAUUCUGUUCCUUGGUAAGGUAAUUGAGAGAGCGGUUGCUGAACAACUUGGUGGAUUUCUGGAUGAAACAUCAGCUCUGGAUCCAUUCCAGUCCAGCUUCCGCUCUAGUCAUGGGACCGAGAUGGCUCUGGUCGCCCUAACAGAAGAUCUCCACAGGCAGCUGGAUCAAGGCAGGUCUGGGCUGCUGAAUCUUUGAGACCUGUCAGCAGCCUUCGACAUGGUCGAUCACGAACUUCUGGACCACCGCCUCACCCAUGUGGGGAUCCAGGGCACUGUCCUUCAAUGGCUGCGCUCCUUACUAUCUGGUUGGAGACAGAGGGUGGCGCUUGGGCGGGGGGAACUGUCGUCGCUCCACUCCUUGGUGUGUGGAGUGCCACAGGGUGCAAUACUCUCCCCGAUGCUUUUCAACAUCUUUAUGCGCCCCCUCGCCCAGCUUGUCCGGAGUUUUGGUUUGGGCUGCCAUCAGUAUGCUGAUGACACCCAACUCUGUCUGUUAAUGGACGGCCAUCCUGACUCGGCCCCAGAAACACUGAUCAGAUGUUUGGAAGCUGUGGCUGGAUGGUUAUGUGGGAGCCGGUUGAAGUUAAAUCCUUCAAAGGCAGGGGUCCUUUGGCUGGGUCGGGAUGAUAUGGGAUUGGGGGCCCGACUCCCAUAUAUUGUGGGGGCACAAUUAGUGGCCAGCGCCGUCCAUUAAGAGUUUGGGUGUAAUCUUCGACACCUCCCUUUCUAUGGAGGCGCAGGUUGCAGCCAUAACAAAGGCGGCAUUUUUUCAUUUCCGCCAAGCUAAGCAGUUGGCUCCCUACCUCUCUCACCCUGACCUAGCCACUGUGAUCCAUGUGAUGGUCACCUCCAGGCUUGAUUAUUGUAACUCACUUAUAUGGGGCUGCCCUUGAGAGUGACCCAGAAACUCCAGCGGGAGCAGAAUGCCGCGGUGAGACUCCUUACGGGUUCUUCGCCGCGGGAGCACAUUCACCCAGUGCUACACCAGCUGCACUGGCUCCCGGUGGAGUACAGGAUCAGGUUUAAGGUGUUGGUUUUAACCUUUAAAGCCCUAUAAUGCCUGGGACCCUCAUAUCUACAGGACCGCCUCUCCUGGUAUGUCCCAAGGAGGACCUUACAGGCUUCAAAUAAAAACAUCUUGGAGAUCCAGGCCACAGGGAGUUUAAGCUGGCCUUGACCAGAGCCAGGGCUCUUUCGACCAAGGCCCCAAUCUGGUGGAACGCACUUUCACAAGAGACUAGGGCCCUGCGGGACUUGACAUCUUUCUGCAGGGCCUGCAAGACAGAGCUGUUCCACCAGGCAUUUGGCCAAGGCAUAGUCUAACCCCUUCUCUCCUUCUGUAAUCCUCAAAGAACUAGCCCAAUGGUUGCAAUUAAUUUGAUUCUGAAUUGAUUUUAGAAUGUACAUUAUUUUAAUUAAUUGACUGAUUUUAUGUACACUGUACUAUUUUUACUUGUUGUUAGCCACUCUGAGCCUGGCUUUGGCCAGGGAGGGCAGGAUAUAAAUAAAAUUUUUUACUGUAUUAUUAUUAUUAUUAUUAUUAUGCAUUUGGAGACCUCUUAAGAUAAUUGUAACCAAGUUUAAACGGCUCCUCCCAAGAUUGAAGAGCAGGUUUUUGUCUGUUUGGUUACCGUUGAAUGCCACUUUGAAUCAAGAUGGCAAACUGAGUCCUUCAGAACUGCACUUCAUUUUGUUGGUUUCUUAAAAUUGCUGGUCAGUGUUGUACACAAGGCUGCUGGCUGACUAUAACUGAAGCAUAAUGCUGCUUGCUUCUUAUGCUGUAUGUGUGCACAUGUAUAUAGUAUCAUAACAAAAUUUUCAGCCAGGAUUGAGAAUCCCUUAGGUGUGCUGGAGGGGCGAUGCAUCUGGUCUUUCAGGGGUGGAGUCUGGUCAUUAUUGUAGCAUAUAUAUAUAUAUAUGCACUCAAAUCUAUCAUAUAUCAAUUGAAUAAAACAAAGUAAAUCAAAAGUGCAUAAACAGAAAAAAGUAAAAAUACAACUAGGUUUUUUAUAUCACAAACAAUUACAAUUCCAUAUAUGUUUGUCUAGUAUAUGGGUAUGUAAGUGCUAUUAUCAUCCCAAUAACAUAUAUGGUUGGUUAUAACCUACAUUUUUUUUAAAAAAUAAACACAUUCCAAAUAUACUCGUACCUUGGAAGUCAAAUGAAAUGAAACCCGUUCUGGAAGUCUGUUCGACUUCCAAAACGUUCAGAAACCAAAGCGCAGCUUCUGGCCACGGAAGCCCCAUUUGUCACAGUCCGGUCGGCGGGCGUCAGGACCAGAGGCAAGAUGGUGGUGAAGAAGCAGGAACAGGUGCAGGGCUGAGGGUCCAGCAGCAGGCAGUUGCAGGGUCAAGGAGCAAGGCAGAGGCGAAGGUCCAAGGAACAAGAAGCAAGGCGAAGGUCCAAGGAACAGGAAGCAAGGCGAAGGUCCAAGGAACAGGAAGCAAGGCGAAGGUCCAGGGAACAGGAAGCAAGGCGAAGGUCCAAGGGUCGAGGAGCAAGGCAAAGCAAGGGUCCCAGGAGCCAGGAGCAAGGCGAAGGAUCAAGGAACAAGAAGCAAGGCGAAGGUCCAGGGAACAGGAAGCAAGGCGAAGGUCCAAGGGUCGAGGAGCAAGGCGAAGGCAAAGCAAGGGUCCCAGGAGCCAGGAGCAGGGCGAAGGAUCAAGGAACAAGAAGCAAGGCGAAGGUCCAAGGGUCGAGGAUUCAGGCGUCGGCAAGACGAGGGUCCACGGAGCAAGGAUCAAGACGUCGGCAAGGCAAGGGUCCACGGAGCAAGGAUCAGGAGGCCAGAUGCAACCAGGCAUGGAUAGCGUUGCUGUGGCAAAGAGCUGAAGGGAAAAUGCUGAGCUUUUAUCCCUCCCAGCUCCUGCCACCAGGUGCAGUGAGAUCUCAAGUGGCCUCACCUGGGUGACUACUCCUUGCCUCUCCAGCACAAGCUGAGGACUUCACCUGUGUGGCCACGCCUUGCUUCUCCAGCACAAGCUGAGGCAUGCCCCAGUCCUGCAAAGCACUACAGGCCCCAGAGCCUGACUCCUGCCCAUACUCCUGACACCAUUGGACGUUUGGCAUCCAAAAGAACAUAAAAAACCUGGAACACUCACUUCUGGGUUUUGAUUAUUCGGGAGCCAAUUUGUUCAGGAGCCAAGACAUUUGAGAUCCAAGGUAUGACUGUAUCAUCAUACUUCUCGAUACAAAAUCUAUGGCUGUAAGCAAUCUGUCCAUAAGUUGCAAGUGUUGUCAUAUCUUCAAUCCAUUGACUGAAGGGGGCCAUAGAUUUCUCUUUCCAGUGCAUUAAUAUUAGUCUUUUGGCUGCAGUGCACGAAGGAUCUAUUUACAUUGUCCAGUUGUCAAAUCUCACGUAGCAGGUACGUAAGAGAGAGAUGUGAAGUGGGAGGAGCAGAGACGUGCACCAGCGGAGUCUCAGAUUGCUUGAGAAGGACUCGGGAGAUGAGAAGGCUUAGGCAGCUGUGGGAAGCAAGGGACCUUCAGUCCCAACUGCCUCAUAGGAGCAAGACCUGUGCUUCUUAGGCCUGGCACUAUCGAGCAACCUUGUUUCUUCUAAUAAAGAGUUCAUGUGAUUUAUUGCUGACCCACUCCUGGCACCAAUAUUGCAGGAUCAGGACUGUUUCUGAGAGAAUGUGAGCGAUGCCAGCCUUGCAAAGCAGCUGCAUGUUCUAUUCCUUUUUCUGGGGAGAGAGGUGAGUUAUCGUGGUGUAUGACAACCUUUACUUUAAAAGUUCCUUGAUGGAUGAUGGCUUAUCUGCUAAUCAGCAUUGUUAGUUUCCUUAGCCUACUCCAGCCUUCACCAAAGCCCAUUUUCUUCCUUUCUUUUCCUGAACUUAACUUUUCAUUGGGCAACUCCAGUGGAUCAUGUCCCAGCUUGUCUUUUAGCAACAUGUCACAUGAGUUAUUUAGUUGGAGUUUGGUUUAUUUUUUUUAUAGAACCAAAUUACUGCCAUCUUUUUAAACAUAAGCCUACAGAAAAAGAAGUAGAGCGCUGGCACUGAAAAAAAAAGAAAAUAUCUUGAAAAUCAUAUACAUACAGGGCAACCGAAUGCUCCAUCAGAUGCAAAUGCCUGCUAACUAAGGCAGGUUACUUUGGCCUUAUGAAAACAAACAGAACAAGAAUGGGCCCAGAGCUGAUGUGACAUUUUCAUUGUAAGUGGGGUUUGGCAUAAUUAAGAAAAUGGUGGUGAUUAGAAGCUUUCUUGGCAGAGAGCUCCUGCUUCUUGCCAUGUCAGAAGCCUUCAAAGUGCUAAUAGGUAAACAGAAAAUGUCUAUAGUGAGGUAUUUAUAUCUGCAUGUUAUUUCUUAUUUAUAUCUGUAUGUUACUUCUUGGCUAUGCAUAGGGGGAAAAAGCAUACACAACAUGCACACAAUGGCCUAAUUCAGUAAAAUAAAAAUGUGUAACAGAUUGCUCAGUUUGCUCAAGAAAAGCUUUGAGACAGCUGCUGCAACGAAGAGGUUUAAGUAACACCGCUGUCUGUUUUUUUAAUUCGACAGGCCCUGAAGGAGUGCCUAAACAAACCUGUCCCUUUAUUUUUGCAGUUUCCUCCAGAUACGCAUGGGAAGUCUACCGCCAGUGGUAUCUCCCUCGGCAACAAACCUCCAUGUCUGAGAGAGUGCAGUACAGCUGAGAAUUAUUUGAACAGUUAGCGACACAGGGUCGGUUUGGGGACUGAGUUGAUUCUUUAAACCUGGAACUACCUGGACUGUGGUGUUCAUAGCACCUUGGCUUAAACUGCCUAUACAGUGGUACCUCGGUUUAAGUACACAAUUGGUUCCGGAAGUCUGUACUUAACCUGAAGCGAACUUAACCUGAAGCGAACUUUCCCAUUGAAAGUAAUGGAAAGUGGAUUAAUCCGUUCCAGACGGGUCCGCGGAGUACUUAAACCAGGCAUCCCCAAACUUCGGCCCUCCAGAUGUUUUGGACUAAAAUUCCCAUCUUCCCUGACCACUGGUCCUGUUAGCUAGGGAUCAUGGGAGUUGUAGGCCAAAACAUCUGGAGGACCAGAGUUUGGGGGUGCCUGACUUAAACUGAAAGUACUCAAACCGAAGCGUACUUCAACCGAGGUAUGACUGUAGUUCCCUCCUCAACCCACCAGCCCCAAAGAGAUGGAGCCAGUGCCUGACUCAACAAUGCUUUCGUUUUUGAAUGCCAUGACCUGCAAUAGAUAUGCAUAACUGGAUCAAGGUGACCAGGUUUAGAUAAUUAACUUAAAACCUACCACAAGGCCUUCAAAUGUGUAUGUUUCAGAGCUGAUUGUUCUAGGAUAGAAAACAGUUUAUACUUGGUAAACUGCAUUCUCCCUAUAUCAAAGGGGUAAAUGAGAGACAAUGUGCCCACUGAUUGGAGAAUGCUGGUCAAUCUCUUCCCCAGCCUUCUAGAAAUACCAACCUUGUGCAGGGCUUAUUGUACUUAUUGCACACCUUAGCAGCCUGGCUUGCACACAGUUCUAUUGAGUAUAGAAUAAUUAAGCAUGCUUUUGGGACGGUAGCUCAGAGGCUUAGUGAUGGCCAAUGCAUGCAUCUAUUUGUGUGUUGUGUUCUGGGCAGGGAGACCAAAUCCCAAUGCAUUCAUAAAGCUCACUCUGUAAUGUUGGGCCAGUCACACACACACACACAGCCUAACCUACCUCAUAGGCUUGUUGUGAAGUUAAAAUAGGCAACAGCUAUGCUCACCACCUUGAGCUCCUUGAAGGACAUGUAAAAAUGUAAAAUAAAAAUUACAGAGCAGCAGCAGACCAGGCAAAGCGGCACCAUUGCAAUUUCACAUAAGCCCUGUGCCAGCAGCCCAAUACAAUAAGACACAUUCUGUCAUUUCAUAUUGUUGGAGCAGGGAGAUGAGCUGCCAAUACAGGUUUUCCGUACCUCCACUUCUGAGUGGGAUAUACUGGCUGACAGGUGGGAGCUUUGGAUUUCGGCAACAGUAAACUUCAGGUUUUGCAACCAUUGUUUUAAAAAUGAUUUUAAACUUUUUUAAAGCAAUGUCAAGUGCCUUCAUGACCAUAACUCUUGGCCACCGUUUGCCCUUCAACAACAGGCUCUAAGCAUGCAUCCAUCUACUUUGCAACAGAUGAUAAUUAUGGAUUUCACAGAGUUAAAAGCAGACAGCUGUUGCUAAACACAUUUAUAAUUAAUUUAUUGCAGUCGGAACGAUGUGGACAAAUUUAAAAUGUUUCAAGCGGUGGGACUGAAAGCAAUACAUGUGAUCCAGCUAUGGUUUUGGUUUGGAACAAGAGAUGGGAUUUAUUCCUUUAUUGUCUGUCCCCCCCCCCGCCCCCAAAUCCUCUUUCCACAUCUUAUUUUGCCUGAUCAAAAUAUCCAGAAUAGGAUGUAUUUGUGUAUUUUGAAGCUGUAGUAUCUGAAAUGCAAGACAUCCAUGAUAUUUGGUGAAACACUGAACUUGCUUCGCCAACCAGGUACUCUCCAGAUGUUGACAAGACUAUAAUUCCCAACAUCCCUAGCCAAUGGCCAUGCUGACUAGGGCUGAUAGGAGUUGUGUAAUCUAAAACUUCUGGAGGUCACCAGUUUGGUGAAAGGUAAAGUUCUAGAAUCUCUUAGUAAAAUAAGGGACAUGUGCCUGACGGUCAAGUUAUUCCCUGGACUGCUAUGCCCUUUUAUGAUUUUAAAAAAACAACAAUUUACAGCUUUUGGGAAGAACAAGUAGUUCCAGCAAUUAAUGAACUCUCUGCCAGUUUAUUAUUAACACAAUGGGCUGCAAACUAAGUGAGUAGUGCUAGAUUUUUAAUAAUAAUAAUAAUAAUAAUAAUAAUAAUAAUAAUAAUAAUAAUAAUAAAUACCAGCCUUGUAAAGCCCAAAGCGAAGGAGGAGGAAGUGGAUCCAAACACAAUUGGAAAUCCAAGGAAAGGUAAAAUGCCAUCAAUAAUACACCCUUAAGAGAAGACCAUCUCUGCUUCUGUCCUAAGGGUAAGUGACCCUGCAUGUAAGUCACCUUUUCCUCCUUUUUACCGGCAUAUCAGCCUCUCUAGAGAGGCAGGCAGUUUUCUGCUAUUCCCUGUUACAGCAUACAAAAGAUACCGUGUUUCUCCAAAAAAAUAAGACGUAGCCAUAAAAUAAGAAGUAGCAGGAUUUUUAAGCAUUCAAGGAAUAUAAGUCAUGCCCCGAAAAUAAGCCAUAAUGAUAGGCACAGUUCUGGAGGGCGCCGAUGAAGAGGUGGGGCUUCCCACACCUCCGAGCCUCCUUCCCGCUGGUGGAGCCGCCCUCCAGCUGCUGCCCGUCGUCUUUACUGCGGCACCAAGAAGAGUGUGCCAGCCCGCGAGUACGGUAGGAGGAAGCGCUUAGCAGCGCCGCACGGAGCGAGAGCGCCGAGCUGUGGCAGGAGGAGGAGGAGGCGGCAUGCUGGCUCGGCGCCCCGAACCGGCUGCUGCUGCAGUGGCAAACGGA